ACUUUUUUUUUUAUGUCUUGAAUUUGCGUUAUAUUUGCCCAUUAUGCUUUCAAUACUCGAUAUGGUUGUCUGAUUUUUGGGAUUUAUGCUCUAGGGUUUGUGGGAAUCUAGCUAGGGUUUAAGGAUUUUGGUUAAUUUGGCUGGGAUUUUGUUUUUUUGUUGAUUUUUGUCAGUUUCGUUGUCUAGGGUGUUCGCAUUACGUAUCUGUUCACAGACGAUGUGAGUGUAUGGAAAUGAUUAAGGAAAUGAUGGUUUAUUGAUUUUGUGUAGCUUGAUUUCUUGUAAGUUUUAGAUCUAUUAUGAUCUAUACUAAAAUAAUUGUUUUGCAUUGCUUGAUGUAAGCUUAGUUCCAUUUAUUCUCUUUUCAUUUUUGUUUCUGUUCCUGAGUUUUUACUCAUGACUGCUUUGGUACUGACUCUCAAUUGCUUUGCUCAUUUUAACACACACACACACACACACACACACACACACACACACAUAUUAAUUGCUUUAAAUGGGAAUCUAUUAUGCUUACAGCAUCUUCAGACAGACAACUGCCGUUUAUGAACUGGAGAAUUUGAAGUAAAUUUAGAUUGUUAUUUCUGGGCAUUAUUGUUAAUUGUUUGAAGAGUUAUAUAUUUCUUCUUUCUAGCUACAAACAUAAUUUGGUUUUCUUCAUUCAUAAAUGCAUUAGUUGCUCAUUUGUUACCCUGGCUUGAGCUUUGAUAGGGGGGAACGUAGAAGAUGGCAAAAAAGAAGAAUCCAUUGGUUUUUAUGGAUGUGUCUGUUGAUGGCGAUCCUUUUGAAAGGAUGGUUUUUGAGCUUUUCUAUGAUAUUGCUCCCAAGACUGCAGAAAAUUUCCAUGCCCUUUGUACAGGGGAGAAGGGAAUUGGUCCUGAAAGUGGCAGGCCAUUGCACUACAAGGGUUCCUUUUUCCAUUGCAUUAUAAAGGGUUCCAUGGCUCAGGGUGGCGAUUUUGUUAAGCGGGAUGGGUCUGGUGGAGAGAGCAUUUACGGGGGAAAGUUUCCAGAUGAGACUCCAAGGCUUAAGCAUGAUGGUCCUGGUCUUCUGUCAAUGUCAAUUGCUGACCGUGACACACUAGGUUCUCAAUUUAUCAUUACCUUUAAGGCUAAUCAUCUUCUUGAUAGGAAGUAUGUAGCCUUUGGGAAGCUUGUACAAGGAGAUGAAGUGCUGAAAAAAAUUGAAAGUGUAGGCGAUGAAGAAGGGAGACCAUUGGUAACAGUGAAAAUAAUCAAUUGUGGUGAAUUUAAGGAGGGUGCGGACAAGAAGAAAGUACAUAAACUUAAAAUGGGAAAGGAUGCUUUGUCUGAUUCUGAUAGUCAUGAAGCGCGAAAGAAAGGAAAGCACAAGAAAUCAUCAAGAGACAGAAAGAAGAAGAGGAGAAGAUGCCACUCAUCUGAGUCAGAGAGUUCAUAUGAUUCUGAUAUGGGAUCAUCCGAGUCUGAUAGUGAUUCUGACUCUUAUAUGUCCUCAUCUGAUAUUAGUUCCUCAAGUGAUGAAAGGCGUAAGAAGAGAAAGAGAUCUUCUAAAAGAGACAAGUAUAGACGUGGAAAAAGAAGAGAGAAACGGCGUGAAAAAAGGCAAAAGAAACGUGACAAGAGAUCCAGACGUAGAUCAAGAAGGGCAUCAGAUAGCCUUACUGAUGAUGAGAGUGAGAGUAAAAGUGGAGGCAGCUCUGAUGAUGAUGAUCUUGAAGUCCAGGCGAAAGAUCGAAGACGUAAAGAUGCUUCGAUGAAAAAUGCAGGGGAUCAGUUGCCGGUGGUUCUGGAGGAAGAUGCUUCCUUGCCUCAUAAAAUGAGGGAAGAACAAGAUAUACUCAAAAAGGAAGAGGGUGGAUCCCCUAAGGAAAAUGGAGGGCGGCGGAGCAAUGGCAUUGAGGCAGAUGCUACAUCUGACAGAAGUGAAGAUGGAUUACCUGAUGUUGUAGACGAUCAUCCGGGCAAAUCUAGGAGCCGAAGCAUGAGUCCCAAGAGGACCAUGAGUAAGAGUAUGAGUAUUAGACCCAGAAGGAGUCUGAGCAAGAGUCCAAGUGUUAGUCCAAAGAGAAGCAUGAGCAGGAGUCCACCACAUAUCUCACGGAGGAGUUUCAGCAGAAGUCCUGCUAGAAGUGGUAGCAGCAGAAGUCCUGCUAGAAGCAUCAGCAGAAGUCCAGCUAGAAGUUUCAGCAGAAGUCCAGUGAGGGGCAAAAAGGCUAGAAGCGUUAGCAAGAGCCCUGUGAGAUCUCAUUAUCGAAGAAGCACAGGCAGGAGCCCUGUUCGAUCUCCUCCUCGAAGAAGCAAGAGCAGGAGCACACCUAGAGCAUCAUCACGAAAAUCAAUUAGCAGAAGUCCUGUUAGGUCUUCUCGAAGAGGAUUUAGCAGAAGCCCGGUUAGGUCUUAUCGGCGAAGCACUAGCAGAAGCCCAGUUAGAUCAUCUCGUAGAAGCAUUAGCAGAAGCUCUGGUAGGGUUCCUUCAAAGAGAAGUGUUAGUAGAAGUCCAUUUAGGGCUCCAAGUAGGAACAAUCGUCGUAGCUAUUCAAGAAGCCCUAGGCCCAUACGUAGGGCAAGAUCUCCUCCUGUUCGAAGAAGUUUGUCAAGAAGUGUUUCCCCUGAUGGGUCUCCCAAACGCAUUAGAAGAGGGCGUGGUUUUAGUCAACGGUACUCUUAUGCUAGGCGAUACAGAACCCCUUCUGUAGAUCGCUCUUCUGUUAGAUCAUACCGAUAUAGCAGAAGCGACCGUGACAGAUAUUCAAGUUACAGGAGAUAUUCACCUAGGCGGUAUCGAAGCCCACCAAGAGGAAGAACUCCUCCUAGCAGAUAUAGAGGCAGGAGAAGAACAAGGAGCCCAUCUGUAUCACGAAGCCCUCGCUACCGUAGCCGUCGCUACAGUCCUAGUCAUAGCCCAGUUUGUAGUCGUUCCCCUGUUGAUGCACCUAGGUCUUGUGCCUCUCCACGGGCUGAAAGGUCUCCUUCUCGUAGUCGGAGCCUGUCAGUAUCACAGUCAUCAUUGGACUCCCAGUCUCCUAAACGAGCAAGCAGAGACGGAUCAAGGUCAUCAUCAGGAAGUCCUAGUGGGAGGAGGGGCCUGGUGUCCUACGAAGAUGGUUCACCUGAUUCUUGUCAAAGGUGAACAAGGAUGUAAUGAAGAUGACGUUUUGGUCAGGACAAGCGUAGACUUCUAAUGUAUAUUCACAAGCUUGAUUGUUCUGAUGGACAAGGGCCCUCGGUGUAUUGCCUUCUGGACAUAAAUUGCUGUUUUGAUCGUUUUUCCUAGAGGCUAUGUAGUUGUUUCUGAGUAUGCUUUUGGGUAAUCUUUGGUUUGUUACCAGGAUUUUUUUAGUAAUAAAUAUUGCAUGACUCGACGAUA